GGAGGGGAGUGGCGAGAUGUUCCGUAACAACCUCGUCGUGCUAGCGGAUCCGCCGUCCUCAUCGCCUUUCCUUCUCCGCCAACUCUCCCUCCUCCCCGCCCUCUCGCAGCCGACCUCCUCCUCCCUCGCCGCCGUCGAAGUAGAGACCCUUUGCUGGAAGAUCUCUCGCCGGUGGCGCCUCGCGUGCUUCCUUCACCAUCCCGACGUCUUCGUCAUCUACCAGGGAACUCAAUCCCAGUCCGCUGAGCGCGCCCUUGAGGAAUUCGUCCAAGGAGUACCCGGCAUCAGUGUUGGGGCAGAGGAAGAGGUGGCAUCGGCGUCAUUGGUGACCAAAGCAGUGGAGAUUGUGUUCAGGACCGUCAUGCUUGAUCAUAAAUGGGCAUGUGUUGGUAACAACACGUUUGUUGAUUCAGCAUUUGCUGGAACCGAUGAGAGGAAGAAUGUUGGUGCCUUUAAUUUGAGGGUACAAUCGGAGAUGGAUGAUGGUUUUGUACUCCUUGUUUCACCAGAAGUACUUAGGUUCAGCAGAUACAAGGUUACAGAUUUUGUUAGCUCUGAAGUUUGGGAGAGCUUUGACAAUGGUGAGAUAGUAAUGUUCAAAGACUAUGGCUUUUUGACAGCUUGUACCAUUAUUCCUACAUUAAGUGAGGCACAUGUUAUAGGAGUGUGCAAGCUGCUUCCUGAUGAGGAAAAUUUUGAAAGACUGGAAUUGCUUUGGUCACUAAAGCAUGGCCUAGCAUUAAACAGUGAAUACUUCAUCUCCGUCCAACUUGCAUAUGGAAGCUAUGCAAUCAAAUGGUUGCCAUCAGCUUAUAUUCUUCAAGAUCCCAGUUUUUCUCCAGCUCCUCAAACACCUAGAAGUGCAAAAGCUGUGGAUCUUGGGAUUUCUUCAGUCAGGGACAGCUUAAAGUUAAGAAUGACUUGUUUUCAGGACCCUUCUCAGAGAUUAAAAGGAUCCAAGUGGAAGAAGGAAAAAACUAAAGCUUUUCUUGGUAGUAAUGUUUCAGAAAACUCUGGAAAAGAAGAUACAGCAGGGGGCUCCAAGAUGAGGGCCAAACAAUGCGUGGACCAAUCUGUCAUCACUGCAAAAGUUAUGGAUUACUAUAAGAGUGGGGAGCUGCAGUCCCUCACCAUGGUGGAUCUGAAAUGCUUUCUCACGUCUAAAAAGGCUAAAGUAGGAGGAAAGAAGGAAGAACUUAUCAAACGAGUUACCUCCUUGCUUGCCUGAUUGAGUUACUGUGCCGAAAUUUACAUCUCCAGACUUCGAUCAUGUAUGGACCAGUCUUAUCAUUCUCUUGGUUAACUAUGUUCUGGGAUAAGAAUGUUGAUAUAUCGAGUGAACACAAAGUUGAUCACAAGACUCGAGUCUUUCGGUCGUCAUGUUUCUGUCCUUGUGACUCUAACCAACAUCGACUUUGUUAUAGCA